AUCCUUUGUUUUGGAUGGAUGAUGCAAGUUGAUGCUUGUCUCGCUGCUAGUGUGAGCAGUUGUUGUUGUUGUUAUAGAUUCAGCUACUCGGAACAAGUUCCAAGUAGCACAGGCUAUGGUGAGCCCGUAACUUACCUGGCACAGGAGCGGGGCAAGUAGCACGGGCUAUGGUGAGCCAGUAGUGGACUCUCCUGGCACAGGAGCGAUGCUGAAUCGAGGAGACUGGUCAUGUCAUCAACCAUGUCGGGUGAAAGUGGAAGGGGUUCACGACCAUCAAUAGGACAGCAAGUUCGUCCUGAGCCGGUGGUUGAGAAAACCUUCGUUGAGAAUGUAGCAGGCUUCAUCAAUGAGAUUUAUACGAAGAAUGGGGUGGCACCACAAACAUACAGCAACCCAUCACACUAUGAAGGAAAAGAAACCAUCUUGUGGGUGCGGUUUGAUUAUUGUGACAUUAAUGAUCUGGCUCAAUUUCGAGACAAAAUUGAAGUCAAUGGCAACUCUCCACCUCUUCUUCUUCUCAUAGGAUAUGUGUGUGGAGUACAGGCAUGGGUUAUACCAGUCAAUGGAGAGGCCAUGGAAGUUUUGUCGUGGCGUCAGGGAGCUGUGCGUACUCUCAAGGUCCUGCCAACACCCUCCACCUCUGAGAGUACUGUUGAUCAUUAUUCCCAUAAGCGGCCAAUUAUUGCACUGUGUGAUACUGCUGGGCCUGGCCCUCAGUUCUGCACCGUUUCCUUUAUAUCGCUAAAAACAGGUGAACAGGUGAAAACUAUAAAAUUCAAACAUCCAGUUUAUGACAUCAAUGCAAAUAAGAAUGUUGUCGUCAUCGCAUUUCCGGAGAAACUAGCUGUUUUUGAUGCUGCAUCUCUGGAAGAUACCUUCACUGUCACUACGUGCUACCCCUGUCCUGGCCCCAGUGUGAAUCCAAUAGCCUUAGGUGACCGUUGGUUGGCAUAUGCAGAUCGGCGCCUCAUUCCCCUACAUCAGUCAUGUGGUGGAAUGAUUUCUGAGGGAUCCACAUCAUACAAAGCCACUGUCUUUCAUGCAGCAAAGUCCCUCACCAAGGGUCUCAAAGAACUAAGUGAGAGUGUUGCGUCCAACCUGAUGGGUCAGCGGGUAGGAUCUCAAGCCCAGCAGACUCCUCCGACGAACCUUCCCACACCUGGUGUUGUAACCGUUAUCGACACUCAGAUAGUGGGUUCUGGCGAGAUAAGUCUUAUGAGUAGUGGCACCACUAAUGGCAUCGUCGCUCACUUUACUGCUCACCACGGAGCUCCCAUUGUGGCACUGAGCUUUGAUCCAACAGGAAUGCUGCUGCUUACAGCUGACAAGCAGGGUCACAAUUUCCAUCUCUUCCGCCUGCAGCCUCAUCCUUUGUCUGCCUCCCAAUCUGCUAUUCAUCAUCUGUACACACUACAUAGAGGCGAUACCACAGCAAAGGUUACUGACAUAUCAUUUUCUCUUGAUUCACGUUGGGUGGCCGUUUCAACUCAUCGGGGAACAACACAUGUUUUUCCCAUAACACCUUAUGGGGGAAAUAUUGGAGUUCGAACACACACCUCAAAUUGUGUAGUUAACAGGUUAAGUCGUUUCCAUCGCAGUGCAGGGCUUGAUGACACUCCUUCAUCAGGACGUAAUUCACCAGUACUUUCAGCUUCGCCUAAUUCCUCAAAAUUUGCUUUCGAAGUAAGCCCUAAUUUGGCUUAUCCUAAUCCACGGUACCCACCUUAUCCAACGCCAACCAUCAUAAAACCUCUUGUACAACUUAGACAGCCUCUACUGCAAAAUCUCAUUGGUUCCAUGGGUACAGGUCCGUCUCCAAGUCGAAGUCCUCCUAGUACCAAGUCUCCAAAGUCUCCAAGCGGUGAUGACAUAAUCAAGGUGUCUUCUGUAUUUGGAAGUCCCCGUGGCUGGCUUGCCGGGUCCCCGACUGUACCACGAGACAAGCAAAGAAGAACAAUGGAUUCACUUUUUGUAAUGGCUUAUCAUGGAAACCUCUUGGAAUAUCAUCUCGAGCCUCAUCCUGCUGCCAGUAUACCCCAGGACAAGGUUACCGAAGACUCGCCUAUUGAAUUAGAGGUUCAUGCUAGUGCUCAGUGGGCACUGGUUCGAGAAUCCACUAGUGUGGAACUGAGACCUCCGUUAGAUAUGACAUCUCCACUAUUGACUCCUUUAUCACCUACACGACCGCGUUCACUGUCGCCUGCCCAUUCUUUUGAUCAUGAUGACCCAGAGGAACGGUGGAUGGCCCAGGUGGAAAUUCACACACAUUCUGGGCCUCAUCGGCGGCUCUGGAUGGGUCCACAGUUUACAUUCAAAUCAAUUCCUAGUGUGGGGUCAGGCUAUGCUGGAGGUGGCCAGGGAGGUUAUGAAGGAACUCCCAUCUCUGUUUCUUCCCUGGACCGUCCUCCACGGUCAUCACCAGUCAACAUGCCUGGUACUGGUGGUGCAAGUGUUCCAGUACUGAUUGAAGCUGGUUCACUUACUGGUAGUCACGAUCAAUCGCCAAGACUUAUGGAGAGAUAUGGUGGCGAUUCUGGCAGUUUAGAUCCGGAAACUAUGAUGAUGCAGCUGCGAGAUGACCUUGCCGACGCCAUGAUGGAUACCCAGCAUUCAUUUCAUCGGGGUGAUACUGGAGGCAAGGGCAUCCCCAAAUUAUAUCGUCGACUAUGCUCACUUCAGAGCCUUGGCCCACAACUAUUAGGCACCAUUGUGCUUGGUGAGGAUGGUGCCCUGACAUCGCACGGAGAAAGCAGCCAUGACUCAACUUUGGACAUGACUGAUGUGAUGGACAUCAGCUGUGAUCCCCCAGGGCCAUCCUCAGGACGAGCUUUGUCAUCCACAGCCUCUUCCUCUGUAUCGCGAAUCUCAUCACGGCCAUCUUCGCAUGUAGACGAAGAAAUCCAGGCUGUUACAACUCGCUUGCAUCAGGUGACUGUGACUCACCCAGAUUCAACAAGGGCUUCCCCUUUUAUUCAGAGGACCCCCAGCUUAGAAGAUAAUCGAGCUCUGACUUCAUCAGCUGAAGAACUAUCUUCAACUCUAGGGUCUGGCUUUAGAGUGGCAGAAUUGACAGACUCUGUAUGGGUCCCCAUCGAUAGGCCUGAAAUAAAAUCUAGCAGCCAGAGUCCUGACUUUAUCCAGAUUAAUAGGCCUCAAGCAGUCCCAGUUACAGUAGAGAGGGGGUCUUCAACAUCUCCCAGAGAGCCAAGAUACAGUGGGUCUAGAAGCUCAGUAAAUAUAAGAUCAACAGCCUCUUUUAAUGAACAAGGAUUGUCAGCUAAGCAUUUCGUGUCAUCAAGAAAAGUAUCAACCGCAUCAAACAAAGAAGUACUCAAGCCAAUAGAAGACACAGUAGCAUUAGAAGGUAAAAUGAUGACUCAAGCAAUGGCCAGUUUGACACCAUCAAGAAAUUCAGGCAAAGGAGUUUGUGAAGCUAGAAUAUCUCCAAAUUCAUCAAUGACUUCUUCAAGGGAACUAGUUACAUCUACUGAUCAACCUGAUUAUAUAAGGAAAUCAGGAAGUGACUCUUCAGCAUUAGAAACUGAAGACAGUGCUUGCAAAGAUGAUAAAAAAUCUGAAAUUGGCAUUACACCAAAUGUUUGGGCAAAACGUUCAGUGAAGAAUACAUCUAAAAGCUGUGAGACUGAUUCUGGUAUGUCACAAGAGGAUUCAUAUCCACCAUUGGGCAAAUCAUUGGCUACUUCAACGGCAGUUACAGAGUAUAGUGAAUCAUCUUGGGGAUCUAGAAAUAAAAUUAAGAAGCCACCUUCUACCACUACAUCCGAAGAUGAUCUUUGGUUAGCAACGGAGAAUAAAAAGGAGAAGAAAAAGAAAAAGAGAGGUAAACCAGUAUCCCAGGAAGUUGAAUCCCGGCCUCAGGGCGAUGGAUCUGAUGCACUGGGAUCGCAAAAUAUUUUUAUUAAAAUUUCAGAGUCAGGUGGAGGUAAAAUAAAGUCAAGGCAGGAUGAUAAAUUGUUGCUUAGUAAUGAACCAGAAAUUAAGAAUACCCCUUUAGAAUUAGAUAUAGAUGCAGAUUAUUUUCAUGCAGCAGAAGAGUACCAUGAACCAUCUGUAGAAAGACUUGAUGACUUUGAUGAGUUUCAGAGGGACAGUUUUCUUGAACCCCAAGCUGAAUAUUUCCAAGAAGCCCAGGAGUCUACCAUACCAACUUUGGAAGACUUUGAGCUACAACCAGAUGAAGAAGAGCAUGAAGGGAGCAGCCAUGAACCAGAAGAAGCAAUGCUCAGAUCAUUACAUGAUGACAAUGAUCUUGCUAGAGCUCUAGAAGAAGCUUACUCCUCAGAUGAUAAUGUUCCUGUACAAACUAAAACAAAGACGCGUACACAUUCACGAUCAAGGCAGAGUAGAACUUCAGAAAUGUUUCCUUUUAAAGAUGAUACGUCAGAUGAUGAGGAGGUGGUUUUACUUAGGCGGCGUAUUGUUGUUUCGGCUACUGUCACAACAUCGGCUAGUCGCUCUUCUGUGACUGAUGAAACAAGCACAGAUGAGCGUGGUGAAACAAGUGGAGAUGAUCGUGGAGAAUCAAGUACUGAUGACAGAAAAACAGCAACAAGCGAAAGUGAUGUGGGAGCCAAUCCAAAUCCACCCACAAGUUCCAGUUUGAAAAGUAAGAAAAAAAAAAAGAAAAAGCGUUAAAAUAUAUAGAGCUUAAAUUGUUAAUAAAGAAGUGCAGGACAUUAAUUAAAUACAAUUUUCAAAAGCUUAACAAUGUUGCGAUUUACUGUACAAUAAGUGGAGUUAACCAAUAUAUAGUAAAUUGAUAUAAAAGAAGAUUCAUACCUAAUGUACAAUUAACUUCUGCACACUCGUGAAAAAGAAUUCUUUACGUCUGGAAAUAAAAUUUAAGAUUUGAAGUUAUUGGCAAGUGAAAUUUUUUGUUAUUGUGGUAAGAGAAUAUUGGAACUAUUAAUAAGUAAUGUGUGGGAGAAAUGUCUAUUUACUUAUAAUCUCAUUAUAUUUAUACAUGAAAAAUAAAAGCCACAAACACUUUCUUGAACAGGGGGAGGGGGGGGAAGAAAAAUACAGUAUACUUUAAACCUAAACAUGCUUAUGUAAGGUAUACCUUAUUUGGAUCUAACCAGAUUUCAGGAACAUUUGGUUUAAAGCUGAGCUUACUGAAUUUGAAAUGUUUAAAAAUUUGCCGUAAAAUGAUGUAAAGAAUUUUUCCCUUAGGUCCUAAUCUUGAAUUUGAAUUACUGUAUUAGUAGGAAGUAAAGAUACAGUAAACGAAUCCACAAGGGCCAUGAUGAUGGUUGACUAAGGCAGUCGAUUAAGGUAGUGUCUGGGAUCAUCCCAGGCGUAAGUUCGAACCCUCAUCACAGCCCCUUGUGGAUUUGUUCAUUUGAUAUAUCACACUAUUGUGAUUUGUGUAUGUGUAUUAAAGAUACAGUAGUUUCUCAGCAGAGUAGGAACUUGGAUACACAUUUUUAGAAAUAAAACUAGCAUUAUAAUGUUUUAUUGAAGCAUGUAAUUCACAAGAAUUCUUCUUGGAAACAAUUUGUUAAAUAUUUAACUAAUUUAUAGUCUUUGGAUUUGCUACUCAGUGAAAUGGUGUGCUUAAAGAAACAUUGGUUGCUUUUACAGUAGAAUAUAAAUUGAUAUUUAAAGUCAGCUUGGUAAGCUUAUGAGAGGAAUGGCAAGUAUCAGGUGUUCUUGGUAGAUCACAGUGGGAUUUAUUGUAACAUGGAAGCUAAUUCGAUAGAAUGUAAGUAGUGAACACAAUCAUUAGUUCAUUUGAAAUAUCGGCAUCUUUGAGUAUAGUAACAGAAAAAUAACUGUUUUAACUGUAAUGAAAAUGUAAUUUUUGUUUUUUUACAAUAAUUAUAUUACUUUAAUUAUAUUUAUCUGUAAUAUAACUAUUUAUAUAUUGUAACACAAGCUGAAUGGGGAAUAUAAUUAAAAAGUAUCCUGAAACAUCAUUGGUAAACAGGUCAUUGCAAACUUUGACGAUAUUGUCAGAUAUCUUAACAGUCAACCUGGAAACUGAAUGUUGUAUGAAAAUUAGGUAAAAGAUAUGUUAAGUAUGCAGUCAAACACCAUGAUGUUAAAAAUAUAUCAAGGAAACAUGGUUUGUGAAGGCGGUUCCUUGCCUUCCAACUUACUUGCUCACCGAUAGAAGCCCACUAGCAAGAUAGUUAAUUAGCCAAGAGUUCAUUUUACCCAAGGCAAGAGAAAGACGAGUAUAUGAGCCUUAGUGGCAUUACCUUAACAAAGGGCCAUGUUCUUCCUUUAGAUGCUGUAGAUACUUAAAAUUGUUUCUUAAUGCCUGUGACAGAUUUUUGUCCUUCAUGGUUUUAUUGGGCAGCAUACCUUUCUUUGUCACACUGUUGUCUGGCUGGUCCUUCAUCAGUGCUGUCAUGUGUGCCACACAUUCUAUUGUGUACUGGGUGAAUUUUAAAUUUAAGGUUAUAUAUAUAUAUAUACUGUAUAUAUAUAAAAUCCUGCAUACUGUAUAAUAUAUAUAUAUAUCACUGACUCCUCACCAUGAAAGACUAUUCACUCACUCACCAAACUAUUCAAAAGUAUUGGAUAGUCGAGACUAUUUACAACCAAUACCCGAUAGUGCUAGGUGGUCACAGAUCAGAAAUCGUUUUCAUCAACUCAAUUCACUGUAGGGGAGAACUCGAGUCUCAAUUGUAACCACAAAGUUGCAUAAACCACAACCCGAAUGUAUCGGAAAGACUCGUCUUUCUGAUACAUUCAGCUUUAUGUCUAUGUAUAAUAAUCUCUAACCACAAUGUUCUUGCAUAAAAAAAAUAGAGGGACUUGAGGAAAUUUGUCGGAUGACACAUUUCAGUAUCAUUGGAAUAUUUGUCAUCAAAAUAUGGAUGAUGUAUUUAACAUCAUUGGAAUGCUGAUGUGUUAAUAUUACUAUAAUUCCUCAAUUUUGUAUUAAUUAUUCAGUUAAUUCAAUGAAAGGAAUAUUAUAAAUACAAUAUCCAAUACCAGGAAAAGAGAACCAUUGGUAGUAGCUAGUUGCUCAGGUUUGUUUGUUUCUUGAGCAAAGAUGUUGGAAGGCAGGGUAUGAUACUUGAACAUGGGUAUCUGAUCAUUGUGAAAACUAUAAAUAUUUAACUACCUCUCUAAAAUUGUCUUUUACAUAAUUUCUAAUGUAAAUACAUUUUGCAGCUGCAAAAUGUAUUCAUAUGAAUAUUAACAAUGGUUAUGUUGUAAAAAUAAUUGCUAAAAAACAUGGCAAAACUGUGUGUGUAAUUUGUCUGAAGUGCCAUUGAAAGUGAGGUACUGUAAUGUGAAUGCCUACUUUAUGACCUUUAACUACCAGCUUCUACUUAUGCAAUUUUCGUAAGUGUCUGGAAAUAUAAUUAAUUGUACAGUGCUGAUGCUGAUUAUCUGGAUUAAUUGAUGCCUUUGGCUGUCUGGAAAACUGAAAUUCUGAAUAAUAUGAAAAACCUUCGUGGUAUAAUGUUUUGGCAAUUUUCCUGUAAUGGCGAUGUUGAUUGGAAUGAAUAAUAUAUGUAAUUAGUAUGUGUAGGAAAUACAUGACAGACUUAUCAUUUGGUACAAGUAAGUGUCUGCCGCCACGAACUUGUGCAGAGACUUCUUUGGCGAUGACAGUGGAGAACUGGAUAAUUGUCUUUCCAGAUAAUCCAAGAAUCUGAAUUAUGGCUUUCCUGUUGUAUUAUUGUAGACUAAAUUAUGAUUGCUGUAACAUAUGUAGCCUUUGGUGCUUAAUAUGGAAGUCAGCAAAGUUGGUGAAAUUAUGCAUAUUUAUGCAGAAUACCCAUGCUAAUAUUAGCAUUAAUUAUUAGUUUCUUGCUGUCUAUUAUUGUUUUUCAAAUUCUUUGAUAAUUAUAAUCUGGUUUCAUUAGGUAUGAAAAAUUACCAAAAGCAAAAGUAAUCAUCUCAUAUCUGGACCUCCAGUUUGACAAUACACUUUAUAAUGCCAUUACAUUUUGCAUCAAAUGCAGGAGAAACGUAGGAUAUUUCUGGCAUGGAUUUGCUUUUCGGCUCCAGAAAAAGCAUCGGCUAGCUAUUCAUAUCUUACCAUAGUAAAAAGCUUCCAAAAAUACUAGAUUCAGAUGUUCACUGCAUUUAAUUAUGAAACUGUUCCUGCAUAAUUCAUUGAGAACUAGAUUUGCUAGUAAUAUAGCUGAUCCAAGUGUGCCUACUUACAUGAGUAAGUCGAGGAGUCUUUGAGUAGAAUAUGGUGAUGGAUGUAACACUUCUAAAAGAUUACAUAUUAUCAUGGCUUCUGAAGAGUCAAGCUUCCAUAGAUAAUGAUAAUGCUUCACUUACCACUAUACAGAAUCAGUGCAAUAUUUAAGUUUAAUCUGCUGCAAUAGUAUUAUUAGAUUAUGUGUAGGUCUUGUGAAAAGUAAUUAUCCUUGGAAAAAGAUUAAUCUAGCAGAUAUUUUGGGCUAUUCAUAUUAGGCAGUACAUGUGUACUUAAAUAAAAGGAAAUGGUUAGCAAGUAAUGUUUUUUUAUAUUUUAGUAGCAACACAAUAAUCUAUUAAGUACAUGUAGCCUGAUGCACAAUACUUGCAAAUAAAAUAUUAGCAGUCUCUCUUUAAAUAAGAGUGUAUUCAAGAAAUAUGCAGUUCUGUAUAUAUAUAAUCCAUUCAGUAGGGAUUUUAGUGGCCAAACUCAAAACACUUAAUUGAAGCACUUGGAGGUUAGACUUAGUCUUGAAAAAUAGUUUAAGAGUUAUUACUUUGUAGAUCUAUUAAAAUUAGGCAAAAAAAAAUGUAAUACUCAUAUGUACUUUUUGAUAUUUAUGAUAAGUGAUUAAGUCAUCAGUAAACUUACACAGUGCAUCCUCUGCCUUACCUAUACUUAGUGAGAAAUUACAUUUAGAACCAUUAAUGUAUGUAUAUAAAUGUAUACUCUUGAUCCAUUAUGCUAAUUAGCUUCACAAUAUGUCUGAUAGAUACUGGAGUAUCUUUAUGUUAUUUGUGACAAGAAUCCUGGUUAUGCCCAUGAAAGGUCACUUGUGUGUAGCAAACUUGUAUUGUCUGUUUUUAUGUUAAUGGUUUCUUUGUUGCUAUAUUGUUUAACAUUGGUGUCUGUGCUGGGGAAAAAUGAGUAAAUCAUGAUAGUAAUGUACUGUUGUUUUUACUAUUAUUUUGGGCAUUACAGUAUGUAGGUUGCUUAACAAUCUGGGUAAACAUUGCUUUUAUGUGUUAGUCUGUUAUAAGUUAAACGUAUAUACUGUAUCAUGAAAUUAAAUUUGCAAGCAAUUACUUUCCUGAAUAUUUUAAGAAAUAAAAUCAUGAAGAAAUUAACACUUGAUGAAUAAUGUGAAAACGUAUAACCACGUAGAGAAAAUGAAAUAAGAAAUUACUUGAGCACUUUUGUGUUUAUAAACACAUCAUGAUUAACGUGUGUGUGUAUGUGUAUGUGUGACCGAAAGGGUGAGAUCAAUGAUUCUAGCUUGAAUCAUCUUUAUUUUUCUUCACUUGAGAAGAAAGUUGAAAAAUUAAGUCUCCAAAGUUAAUUUUUUGCAGUUUUAUUUCGCUUGACACUAAAAGAUGGAUUUUGUUAACUCUUGUUAACAUUGUCAAAGGCAGAGUUUGAAUGAUUACAUAGUUUCUUGCUGCAUGAUAUAUACCCGAGGAUGAGGUGAAGGGGACGAGUUGAAGGUGAAGAAGAAUAGAGAUGAUUCACACUAGAACAAUUGAUCUCACUCUUUCCUGACUCUAAAAGAUGCAUUUUGUUAACUCUUGUUAACAUUAUUAAGGGCAGAGUUCAAAUGGUUACAAGGUUUUGUGCUGCCAGAUAUGUAGCCAGGGACGAGGUGAAGGUGAAGCACUUCGUUUAUGGGCCAAUAGGCCCAGUGCAUCAUACCAAUCUCAUAUGUUUCCAUGAUGGCUGGGGCAGUGUAUUGGAUGUUUUGUUGUGUCCUCGAAGAUGGCAGAGUGUAAAUUUCUCUUCCUGAUAGGGAGCAGUCGCUUGGUGUAGGGAUUGAGUUAGACUCUUCACUGUCUCCCUUUCCCUUCUUUCCAUGGCAAGACCAUUGGCAGAGUUACUCGUCUUGGUGGGAAAAUGGUUGUAUAAAGCCUGGUAAGGGAAUAGAGUCCAGAUUGACCCUUUUGAGUCUAGCUCAGAAAAUUUGAUGCUGGUUUCUGCUAUGCAAUAAUAACCAGUCCGAAGUUGAAGAAAGUAUUUACAAUAUUGUUGAGCUAUAUAUUUUCUUGUUUUAGAUUUUGAUAACAUUUUUAUUCAAUAAUAGCUUGCAGUAAAUAGCAUCAGUAUACAGUACAGAAUAUGAAUAUGCAGUAUGUUGAUUAGGCCCAUAUGUGUGUAUGUGUAUUAACACACACAUUAUGUACAUUUGUGGCACUGACUGCUGUGUAUGUUCAUUUGCAUGAUUUUGAAAGUACAGUACAGUACAUAGAUGUCAAAUCCCUUGAGAGUUAUUUGUAGACGACUAACAUUUUUCUAACACUUUACAAAUAACAUAAUUAUUUUAAAAAAUCCCCAUUUAAAUAAUUUAUUCAUAGAUAAUUAUUAACCUUGCACACACCACCUUGUAUGUAAUAAUGUGUCUUCUUCGUUCUUGCUCUAAGGUCUGUAAAAUUUGCUCAAAAUAAUGAUGAAUUCUCUUUGAAAAUAAGUUGGCACUCUUUAGUUUUUCACUAACAAGACAAUCUUUUAUACAUAAAAAUUAUAGUAUUAAAUAAAUUAUUUUCCUAUUGAUAUAAUAUUAAUCUAACUCGUAUUCAUUACUGGCAUUUUAUCCUCUAUCUUAUUAUGUGAAAUUUUGAUCUUGUACAACUUGAUAUUUUGUUAAUGUUAAAGUAACAUUUCCGAUACCAGGCCAGGUACCGGAACCACUUAACAUAUGAAGCAUUAUGUAUUCAUCAGAACACUAGUUAUAUUAAUCCUGGUUCCCUCCCAGUUAUUGCCAGGUGCACAGGGUCAGAUGAUGAUUGGGAGGAGCUCCAGGUGUUGUAGAGUUACUUGCAGCCUUUAUUUCAAGCCAUGUUACCGGAUGAAGCAAGUGCCAGGAUUCUAUUUUAAGUUUAAGAUAUUGAUUUAUAGUUUUAUAUAAUUUCUCUGAAGCCAUUUGAUACCUCUGUACAGUUUUUGUUAAGGACCCAAGUGUCAUUUUGGGGCAUUUUUCUUAUUUAACAUUUAGUGACAUUGAUAUGAUACGAAUGUAAAUUUUUAUAAACCUUAACUAAAACUAAACUUUGUUGUUAGGACUUCUGUAGGUUAAAAAGUAAAAAAGUAAUUUGCACCUUUUGAAGUUUUGUGGAAAUUAACAGAAUUAAUUUUCAUUUGACAAUUUUUUAUAUAUAAGUGCUCUCUGGUUAUAUAUAAUUUUUGUUUAUAGUUGUUAUUGCAAUGUAAGAUCAUUAUUUUGAUUCACUAUUGCCAGUUACUUCAGCUAACAUUUUAACUGUGGUAAUUGACACUAUUUGUUACAAAUUUUUGUAAUUAACAGCCUUUUGCUACACUUUUUUCAAAAUUUUCAAUACAUUACAGUAUUUAGAUUUUGUUUUAAAGUUGCCAGUUUUUAGUACAGUAUAUUAAUUGAGAAUAUGUAUGAGCCUUAUAAUUUAUAUACAUAAAAUCAUGAUUUUUUUUUUUUGUAGAACAUGUAAGCUAUUAAAAUAAUUGAGAAUUAAGGUGAAGUAUAAUGAAAAUUCAAUAUUUAGCUAUGUUAGUAUGUAUAAUUUUGAAAAAUUUCUGUACAACUGGUGAAUCAAAUCAAAAUGUGUUUGUAGAUUGUCUUAUUGAUCAUAUAAUUUUAAUGUUUGAUUUGUAUUUUGUGUUAUUACAACUGUCCCUUGUAUUCUCUCCAUUUAUAUGUUUUAUGUUGAAAUGCUUAAUUGGAUUUUGAUAAAAAUAUGAAUGGAGACUUGCCAGUAUGCAAUAUAAAAUGAAGACAAUGGUCUGAAUGUACUUUAAGGUUAAUGAGGGCUGGAAAUUUUGUAGCGAUAAAAAGAAUUUGAUUGUAGGACUAAUGUUUUUGAGCCAUCGUGUGUUUACUAAUAUUGUUGUCACAUACGAAGCAAGCUGACUGGGGUGUUUCGUAGGGGUGUGUGGGGCAUCUGGAUCAUGCCAUCAACUCAAAUCUUUGGCUGUGUUGGAGUUUAUGAUUUAACUAAAUUUAUUGUAAUCUGCAUUGAAUUAAUUGAACAUUCAUGUUUAGAGUAUUAACUAUUAUUUUAAAUAUAACUAGGAAAAUUUUAAUUCUCACUUUAAAAGGCUGCAGUAAUUUUUUGAUGUUGGUUACACACAAAUUUAGUGAAUCACUAUCAACAUACUGUAAUUUAUUAUUAAGAAACUUACAAAAAAGAUAAAAAACUGUGAUAAAAUCUUCUUGGCUGUUUUCUUAAGAUCUUAUUAGUCUGGUUCAUAUUUUGAGAUGAUAUAAACUUUAAAAUUAGCAUAAACCAAAGUUAUUAAAACUUGGUCAGUAUCGUAUUUCAGUUAUUAUAGUACACCUGUAUAACAAAUUUUUGUUAUUAAGAGCACAUUUUCUGUUGUGUGAGAUGAGGAUCACCUAUGUGAUGGCUCUCUUCAGUGAAGAGUACCUUUUAUUGUCCUGUACUGUAUUACAGAACUAAAUUUUGUCACACUUUCCUAAUUGGUUUGAUACAUUAGCUGUAUUAAUUUCUUUAUUGUAUUACCGUGUUGAUCUAUGCCAUGUACUUCAUUGUGCUGCAUAUUGAUGAAUUGUAUUAAUAAGUGAUUUUUUGUAUUCUCAAGUUCUUUCGUAAGGCAGCCAAGUAAGGAACUAUUUAUGUAUGUGUGUGCUACUUUUUACUAGUAAAUGAAAAUUCCAAAA